AUGAAGCUCUCGUACCUUUCCUUCACUGUCGCAUUCUGCACAUGGCAACUAGUUGCAACAGACAACACAACCCAUGCAUCAGCUUCCCCCGGUAGCAUGAAAUUGAAUUUCAAUGUUAGCAGAGGAUCAUUGAAAAGGAACCUAGCAAGAUCAGUCAAUUCAGAAGUUAAAAAACAACCUGGCGAAGAAGGCGCUUUGCCUAUGGAAUUAAACCUUGAACGAACACGCUACAUUACUGAUCUUCUUAUUGGAUCUAACCGCGAAAAUAAUCGUGUGCUUGUGGAUACAGGGAGCUCGGAUUUUUGGGUUAUGUCGUCCGAUGUUCAUUGUCAUGCCUCGAUCAAGAAAAGAGAGAUUGCAAGUAUCUUCAAUGUUGAGUCUGGUGUGACAGAUCCCAUCAAUAAAGGAAAUUAUUUGAUAGGCAAUUACGGAAAAGGACAAGAUACUGUUCAAAAGCCUUCCAAGUCUGAAGAGCCUCUGUUUAUUGAUUCUUUCAAGCGCGCUGAUUCUAACUCACACAAUAUCACUGAUUUUCUUGGUGGCACGACGUACCCAGAUCCAGGUGAAGACUCUGUCUCUAAAGUCUUGCACUCUUCUGCUGACAAUGAAUCGAACGGAUGUACAUCAUACGGUUCAUUCAACACAGAUGACUCUGAUACAUUUAUGUACAAUGAUACUGAUUUCUUUGAGAUUAGCUACGCUGAUGACACAUUUGUGAAGGGUGUUUGGGGACAAGAUACCAUUAUAAUUGGCAAUACGUCAGUGAGUGAUCUAAGCUUUGCAGUGGCUGAUGAAACCUCGAGUAACAUUGGGGUGUUGGGACUUGGAUUACAAUUGUGGGAACGGUCUAAUCAACUGUAUGAGAACCUACCUGCGAAAUUGAAAUCAUCUGGUGUUAUUAAUAAAGCAGUUUAUUCAUUUUAUUUGGACAAAGCUGACGCCCAUACCGGUGCAGUGUUGUUUGGAGCUGUAGACCAUGCUAAAUAUGAAGGAACAUUGGAGACAUUACCAAUAAGAAAGACAUUUGACGAGGAUGAACAUCCCACUAGGUUUCAAGUGAUGAUCAACCAACUAACUAUUAAUAACGAAAGUGAGUCUCUUGAGAUUUUGGUGGGACAGGAUUAUGCAGUAUUGGACCCAAGCUCGACGUUUUCUUACUUUCGCAGGUCACAAAUUCGAGACAUUGUCACAACCCUCAAUGGACAGUUUUCUAGCUACGUCGGCGCCUAUGUGAUUGAUUGUAAGUACAAGAACUCAGAGUCGACAUAUGACAUCACAUUUACGAACAAGAGUAUUAGAGUACCUGUUUCUGACUUGGUGAUUGAAUCAUCCUUAAAUUCAACAUGUUAUUUGGGAGUCUUUGAAAUAUCUGUUGGCUCAUUGUAUGUGUUGUUGGGGGACAAUAUCCUAAGAAACGCUUACGUCGUUUACGAUUUGGAAGAUAAUGAAGUUCAUAUCGGUCAAGCUUACUACACCGCUGAUGAGCAUAUUGAAAUUGUUUAUAAUACUGUUCCUGUGGAGGGUGGUCAAAAUAUAACAAGAGCAAGUGGACGUGGUGACUCAACUUCGUCAACGAAAAACAGUGGAUUUUCGUUGAAUUAUUCUCCAUGGACUUGCACAUUUGGUUGGUUGUUAUUCACCGCAAUUUCAUUGUUAUAG